AAGUCAAUAACGGCGCUCUCGUUGCUCGCCUCCGUUCCCUGGAAGACGUUCCAAAGCAAAGUCUACGGGCCGCUAGCCCAAAUUUUCAAAUCGUGCAUCAAAAAACUCCUCGAAAAAACACUCAAUUCUAUCCAGCCCAUGUUGAAUAUCCAAGGCUUCUUUUCAAAAGUCUUCGGACCGCUCGUCAGCGGCUUGAAAGCCAUAUUGCACUGGCUCUUGCCGAACUGGCUAAUAAGGCCUAUCGAAUACCUCUCCUCGCUAAUCUUCGGCGAAAUCCACAGUUCUAACAUCAAACAAAAUUAUAGUCACUCCUCCCACUCCGAAUGCAAUUCCCACCUGCAAACCGAGGAAACAGCACUCACGGUCAUAUUCGUGUUCAUAGCCGUCAUCUACGGAUCAAUUCUCGGCUUGGGCUACGUUUUCAAAAUAAUUUACGGCAUUUCCGUGUUCCUCAAUCUUCCGUAUCAUUCUCAACUCCGGCGCCUGGUCACAAACGCCGUACUCGACGACAGACCCCUCGAACCAACCCAAGUCGAAUCCAGCACCAGCCUAUGGCAGGAAACUCUCUAUUGCCUCAGUCCGGAUUGGACGCACCACCAGCUGGGAAUUUUAAUGCUGGUACUCUCCCUUUUCUUAAUUAUCAUGUUCAAACUCACAAGGUGUGUUUUCAGGCUAUCUCGAAAAUUCCUUAGACUGUUCGUAACCGUCUGUAUACCCAAGUCGGUAAAGCACUUCAGCAUCAUGCCCACAAAAAGAACGAAGCAUAAAAUCCCACCUAUAAAACCUAGUUCAGCAAAUAGUUCGUCUUUGCCGAAUCCAGGUAAUCCACCAGUUCGGAGCAGAACUACGUCGUUUGUAAAACUUGCCACAUUAUCAUUUUUGUCGCCGCCAAAUAUCAAGAAUGACAUGUCCAUUUCAAAGGAUUCUGUCUCACCGACAGUUUUAUCUCUCACUUCAUCGAUAACAGGAGCCCAUCGGGUGCAAAGAUCUAACACCUUCACUGCGCCCUCCUCCUCAGAUGCCACCAGACUGCCUCAACACAACGUCGAGACGCGCAAAACAAAUGGUCAUUUUACUAUAAAAUAUCACCCUCUUUGA